AUGGAUUCCGCAAUCGAAGAUUUGGAUGCCCAUCUUCCCGUUCAGGACGAUCCGUCGAACAUGUUCUCCUUUCCGGCCGAUACGUUCACCACCAUGGCGAUCAGUGCUCCCCAUCGGCAGGGUAUGAAGACACCGAGCGACGCGAGCGAAAAAAUGGGACGGCGUCGCUCCCGGGGCCGUUCACAGUCCCGUGGCCGUCGGAUGGCUAAGACCGCCCAGGGACCGGAAGCGGAAUCGGAAACAUCACCGAUGCGCCAACGGCGUGGACGAAGCCGAUCGCGGUCCGCGGCCAAGCGUCGUGCGGGGGCUACUACUCGGAGCCAAUCGCGUCGGCGUACCCGCAGCCGUGCAUCGUCCCGUUCGCGUACCCGAGCCCGUUCGGCCCGUAAUCGAUCCCAAAGUGCGAAGCGAACCAGCCGUUCUCGCCGGCGCUGAAGAUUGUGUUUGAAAAAAAAUUUGUUUACCAAAGAACGAUCACGCGAGUGGGGAAAAAGAAAUCAUACACUUUCGUUAUCCUGGGGUCACCAUUUCCAUCUACUUCAUCCCUGUGCUACAAGGAGUGCUUCAAAUGUUUGCAUCCCAGCUUGCUUAGGCUAAAUUGCAAAUGUAAUAUUACAAACCAGCAGUAAAU